AUGGCUUAUGAAGAACUAGAGUCAAUCUACCUCAAAUCGCAUGAUGCUGAUGAUGCUGAUAGCACUCAAUUACUGAUUGACCUGGCACUAAUAGAAACCAACAAUCUUGUUGAAGAACCCGCAAUUCAAUUGUUACAACAGGAAAUGAUUGAGAUGGACACUAGAGAAGUAGAUCUUCAUGCGUCAAUUUACGACCAAAUCUUCGCCAAUCACGAGAUGGAAUCGGUGUUUGCAAAUCUUGAUUUCGAUCAACGAUGUCAAUUAUACUUUAACAAUUUAUAUGUCAAGAAUAAUAACUGGUUCCUCGACCCCCAUCAACAGAUGAAACCUGAUCACAAAUCAGCACAAUUUCGAGAAUAUAGACAGAAAAAUUACGAAAACUUUAAAGCAGAGUUUGAUAGAAAAAAAGAUAAACCAAAAGAGCCAAAUCAAUAUGAUAAGAAAUUGGAAGAUUUCAUUAAGGAUAAAUUUAAUGGAUUCAAAAGUGAAGAAGACGACGAAUUUCCUCAAAAACUAGUGGAAUAUUUUACCACAGUCAGAGUAUUCAACAAAUGUUUUGUCACAAAUGAAGAUCCAGAUCAAAUAUCCAAAGUAAAUUCAUUCAUAGAUUAUCAAAGACAGAUUCUUGAUAGAGAGUCAGAUCGAUAUCCAUUUGAACAUACCGACCCAGAGAAAUUGUCUGUGGCAAAACAUAUCGAACCUUCUGCUUUUGAACACAGAGUGUAUCCAUGGAUGACUUUCGAAUACCCUGUUUAUGAACAUUGGACUGGUGCUAUGGUUCAUGAACCCCCUGAUGCACAAUCUCUCAAUCCACAAGCAUACAAAAGCAAAUCUACAUCCAAAAGUUCGUCAAAUUUCAUAAAACAGUUCAAAAAUAGACUCAACGGUAGAGGUAUAGUGUUAACUUUACCAGAUCAUCACACACACGGUGUUGUAAGCAUGAUUAGAUUGUUACGUGCCCUUAAAAACAGACUACCAAUUCAAAUUGUCAAUUUUGAAGAUUUGGCUCUUGAAAAUAAAAAGCAAAUUGUGGCUGCAGCUCGUGAUGAUAUUGAAACCUUACCCAUGUCAUAUCAAAAAGUAGCGGAAUAUCUUGGUGAUGAUUAUUUCAAUCAUAAUGAAGGUGGAUUACCUAAACAAGAGGUCUGGUUUGUAAGUGUUCAUAAUGCCAUCAACAAGAAUUAUCGAGACAAAUUCACUCGAUUUGGAAAUAAAUUCUUGGCUGCGUUUUUCAAUUCAUUUGAGGAAUUCAUGCUUGUUGAUGAUGAUGCUGCAAUGUUAAAACUGCCCGAGUUUUUCUUUAAUCUAAAAUCAUAUCAAGAAAAAGGGGCCGUGAUGUAUCGUGAUAGAACUACAGGUAGUUCAGGUAAGCGAACAUUUUUCAAAAAAUUGGGACCAUCACUUGUAGAUGCAGCUAUGUUUGAUAUUCCCAUAAUAACUGAAUACACUCUUGAUCGAGAGUUUUUCAAAGGAACGACAUAUUAUAUUGAAGCUGGACUAGUCAUGAUGAAUCGAAAACUUCAUUUUGAUUCAAUCUUAGUCACUCUUCAAACCUAUUUCUUUGACCAGAUUAGAAAAAAAGUCUACGGAGAUAAAGAGCUAUUUUGGUUAGGUAUGGCAUUAAAUGGAGAUGAAAAAUAUCAUAUUAACGGAAUGGCAGCUGCAGCCGCGGGGGUAAUAACUGAUCCUAAAGAUAGACUUCGGAAAAAUGGGGAAGAACAUUAUUCCUUAGAACUUUGUUCGGCCCACCCGGCCCAUAUAAGUGAUGAAGAUGAACAUACAUUAUUGUGGAUUAACUCGGGACUAUCGGUUUGCCACCAUUCAAGUGGAGUCGAUUACGAAAUGGAAUCAAAGGUUGGCACCAAAUUCAAAUUUGUCCCACAAACAGUUGAGGCAUUUAAGGAAUUUUUCACUAGUCCUUUAAUUAUAAAACAUGCUAUUAUUGCUGCAUAUGAUGGAGGCUGGCAUCAUAAUAUUGAAGAUGAACCGCUGAGAGGUUGGCAGUCAACUAAAUACUGCCACAAGUAUAUGUGGUGUUCAUUCUCCAGUAUUGGUGGAAAAAAGAAAGAUGGCAGCAGUAACUAUUUGGAAGGAAAGGUAAUUACAUUUGAAGAACACGAAACGGCAUUAUUCAAGUAUUAUGCUGACACAUAUUUAGCGUUAGAAUAA